CCGCAACCGUUAAAGGUGCAAAUUUGGCUUCGUUAAAUAUAAUACGGUUCGCGGUUACUAAAACACUGCAUACAUUAAGAAAUCUAAUAACAAUUGAAAUGAAUGCCAUUGUCGGAUAAAUGCACCUUAAAGGAUGACAAUGAUGAUAGAGAAAAUUCCACCAAGAAGACAAUAACCGUGGUAACACUGAUUUCAACGCAUACAUAAAAUAAAUUUUGUGUUUCAGUUUUAUUAAAAAAAACUAACGCUUAUAUAUAAUAAUUAUAAUACAAGUAGUGAAGCAAUUCAAAUCAUUCUAAAAUAAACAAAUGAUGAAAUAUAUAGUUUUUAAGUGUUACGAAUCGAUUAUUCUUCAAGUGGAUUGACUUCAGAGUUACACAAAAAAAUUUGAUCAACGUGCUCUGAAUAUUCGAUCGCUUGGCAUCGUUUAAAUAUAUAAACACAUUCAUAUAUAAAUUGAUAAGUAACCUCCGUGUAAAACAUUCCACCGCAUAGUAUGGCCUCGGUCGCCGCUUGGCUGCCAUUUGCACGGGCGGCGGCCAUCGGUUGGGUUCCAAUUGCUACUCACCCACUACCGCCACCACCUAUACCAAAGGAUAGGCGUAAAACAGAUGACGAAAAGCUAUUGAUCAAUGUUUCCGGCCGUCGCUUUGAAACAUGGCGAAAUACACUCGAAAAGUAUCCUGAUACAUUACUAGGUUCCAAUGAACGUGAAUUCUUCUACGAUGAAGAUUGUAAAGAGUAUUUCUUCGAUAGAGACCCAGACAUCUUUAGACAUAUUCUCAAUUAUUACCGCACUGGAAAACUUCAUUAUCCAAAACAUGAAUGUCUCACCAGCUAUGAUGAGGAGUUGGCAUUCUUUGGUAUAAUGCCUGAUGUAAUUGGCGAUUGUUGUUAUGAAGAUUAUCGUGAUCGCAAGCGCGAGAAUGCCGAACGUUUAAUGGACGACAAACUAUCCGAAAAUGGCGAUCAGAAUCUACAACAAUUAACGAAUAUACGACAAAAAAUGUGGCGUGCAUUUGAGAAUCCACACACAUCCACUGCAGCUCUAGUAUUCUACUAUGUAACUGGAUUCUUUAUUGCCGUCUCAGUUAUGGCGAAUGUAGUAGAAACAGUUCCGUGUGGCCAUAGGCCAGGGCGAGCCGGCACACUGCCAUGUGGAGAGCGUUAUAAAAUAGUAUUUUUUUGCCUAGACACCGCCUGCGUUAUGAUAUUUACCGCCGAGUAUUUGUUACGUCUGUUUGCUGCACCUGAUCGCUGCAAGUUUGUGCGCAGCGUUAUGAGUAUUAUUGAUGUUGUUGCCAUACUACCAUACUACAUUGGAUUAGGCAUCACUGAUAACGAUGAUGUAAGCGGCGCUUUUGUGACGUUACGCGUCUUCCGGGUUUUUCGAAUUUUCAAAUUCUCACGACAUUCACAAGGAUUACGAAUUCUUGGUUACACAUUAAAAUCGUGUGCUUCCGAAUUGGGGUUUCUAGUAUUUUCGCUGGCAAUGGCUAUUAUAAUAUUUGCUACUGUUAUGUUUUAUGCUGAGAAGAACGUUAAUGGUACGAAUUUCACGUCCAUUCCGGCCGCUUUCUGGUACACUAUAGUAACAAUGACAACUCUUGGUUACGGUGACAUGGUGCCUGAAACUAUAGCUGGCAAGAUCGUAGGAGGAGUCUGUUCGCUCAGUGGAGUACUUGUGAUUGCUCUACCUGUACCAGUUAUUGUAUCGAACUUCAGUAGAAUAUAUCAUCAAAACCAACGAGCCGAUAAACGCAAAGCACAACGGAGCUUCCCCACAACGCAUGCCUCGCGUUGGCGUCGCAUCCGAGUAGCAGGGUUUUGUUUCUGGUUCCUUCAAGCACAAGGCCACAAGCCUCCUCGGGCGGUGCUGGCCGAUCAUGUGCCAUAUAGAUGGAUGCAAGUGUGA